AUGGCAACAAUUUGUCGACAGCUUGCUCUGUUAUUGGCUGUAUUGGCCCUUGCAGCAAUUCAAAGUGGAUUGGCAGAGCAUGCUCACAGUUUCGCACACUUUCAUGGACCAAUUGUAGGGCCUGGACACGAACUGGUUGUCCACGAUAAGCAUGGUCAUCAUCAUGUAGACUACAUCGCACAUCCCAAGUACAAGUUCGCGUACGGAGUAGAGGAUCAUCACACUGGUGAUUAUCAUGGACAAAAAGAGUACAGAGAUGGAAAAAAGGUCAUCGGCGAGUAUACCAUCAAGGAACCGGGCGGUAACACCAGAACCGUGACCUACCACGUUGAUCCGCAUGGAGGAUUUUUUGCUCACGUCCACAACUCCGGCGGUAAUAACCAUCACGGAGGUACAUACGGCGGUUACGGGCACUACUGA